AGCGCGCCACCCGCGCUGAGGCCCCCGGGAGGGUUCCAGAGCCGCGGGCACCUCCUCGGGGGCCCGGCGCGGGCCACGGGGCUGGAGGAGCGCAGCGGGGCGGGCCCGCGGGAGGCUUGGGAUCAGGUCCCCGCCCACCCCGGCGGCUCGCGCGCGAGGGAGGCGUGGCCGCCGGUUCCCACGGCGACGGGCGCCAACAGCUCCAGCAACUCGGGCUUGCGGAGCUGCGGGACCUGUCGGCAUGUGUGCCUUGGAGGUGGACCCGCGCGUCGCCCAGCGGUACCUGCUCAAGCGGCGGCUUGGGAAGGGGGCCUAUGGCAUUGUGUGGAAGGCAGUGGAUCGGAAGACGGGCGAGGUUGUGGCCAUCAAGAAAAUCUUUGAUGCCUUUAGGGAUAAGACGGACGCCCAGAGAACGUACCGGGAAAUUCUGCUGCUCCAGGAAUUUGGGGACCAUCCCAACAUCAUCCGCCUCCUGGAUGUGAUCUGGGCGGAAAAUGACAGGGAUAUUUACCUGGUGUUUGAGUCUAUGGACACUGACCUGAACGCCAUCAUCUGCAAGGGCAGACUGCUGAAGGAUGUUCACAAGCGCUACAUCUUCUGUCAGCUCCUGAGGGCCACCAAGUUCAUCCACUCAGGACGUGUCAUCCACCGGGAUCAGAAGCCUUCCAAUGUUCUCCUGGACACCAGUUGCACAGUGAAGCUCUGUGACUUUGGCCUCGCCCGCCCCCUCAGCAGCCUCACUGAGGGGCCCGAGGGCCAGGCCCUGACAGAGUACGUGGCCACACGCUGGUACCGGGCUCCUGAGGUGCUGCUCUCCUCAAGCUGGUACACCCCUGGGGUGGACAUGUGGAGUCUGGGUUGCAUCCUGGGGGAGAUGCUGCGGGGCAGGCCCCUGUUCCCUGGCACAUCCACGCUCCACCAGCUGGAGCUGAUCCUGGCGACCAUCCCACCACCAUCCCAGGAGGACCUCCUGGCUCUUGGCUCAAACUACAGCACCUCGAUUCUGCACUGCCUGGGGUCCCACAGGCCACGGCAGACGUUGGAUGCCCUCCUACCACCUGACACCCCCCCAGAGGCCCUGGACCUCCUCGGGCGACUGCUCGUGUUUGCCCCAGACAAGCGGCUUAGCGCAGCGCAGGCCCUGCAGCACCCCUAUGUGCAGAGGUUCCACUGCCCGGCCCUCGAGUGGACACUUGAGGUGGACGUUCGGCUCCCUGUGCAGGAAGGAGCCCAGCUCUCAGCCCACGAGUAUCGCAACCAUCUCUACCAGAUGAUCCUGGAGUGCAGGGGCAACAGCCACGUCCAGAGAGAGAAGGCUCUGAGGGACAACUCCUGGCCUCAGGUGCACCUGCUCAAACCCAGAGCUGGGCCUCUGCCACCCGCAGGCUGGCCUGCACAGAACCUCCCACGCAGGCCUCAGAGGAGCCUGGGUCAGGUCUCUGCACACGAUGCCCCCUGCGGAGCCAAGACCCUUCCCAGGCAGAACUCGGCAUCCCUGCUCCGGCCUCCACCCCCAGAAGGUCUCGGGCGAGGGGCAAGUCCCCCUGCAGCCAUGGCGCAGCCUGCCUGCGUACCCUCAUGGGCAAAGACCGGCGUGAUGGGGACUGCGCCCUCUCUGACCUCGCAGGCCGCCACCCGGGUGGCCAUCCAGGCCCUGAUCAGGGGUGACCAAGAUGCAGGUCGUGGGGUGAAGGCAGCCGAUGAGCGACGGGUCCCUCACGGGCUUCUUCCAGAGGCCCGGCCUGAGCGCCGGCCUGGCCGGAGGAUGUUCAGCGCCUUGGUCUCGCAGGGGACCCAGGGGGCCGUGCGUGCUGCGCUUGGGGGCUACUCGCAAGCCUAUGGGAGCCUGUCAGGGAGUAGACAAGGUUCCCAGCCGGCCUCGGUCACGUCCUGCAAUAAAGUUGCGUCCAUCUGCAGUCUAUCUGACCAUCUUUCAUUCUCAGUGAGAGACUUCCUUGAAGUCCACCACCACCCUUUUCCUGGAGCCCUCCUCCUUUGGAAGACCCCCACCCCAUGUCUGGUUCAGAGCCCACCAGAAGCCAUGUGGGCAGUGCUUUCCCUCCAGGUGACUAAGACUGCUUGGGGGCUACCUGGGGGCCAGCUUCCUCUCCCACAGUGCCCUGGGGCCUCAGGAUGAGUAGAUCCCACCCGGGUUUGUGGCAGGGGUUAGGCCGUCCCCAGGGUGCUCCUGGCACGGCAGAGACUGUGCACCCAUUACCUGGGUACAAGCCACCAUAUGGCCAGUUUGGUGACCCUGAGCCAGAGAUGAAAGGAGAGAUGGCAGUGCAGUGCCCUAGGGUGCGGCCCUGACUGGCCGUCAGCAGGGACCCCAGCCCAUGCCUCAGCAACAG